AUGCCGGCUUCCGCACCGCACUUCCUCCGAAAGCGUACCACUAGCACCUCCAGUCUUUCGAGCGCCAAGCUCCGCAGCUCAUUCGCCUCCCUGACUACGAGGGCAUCGCGCGACCGGCUAGCACCCGACGAACGAUCUCCUGCCGGCUCUUCGUCUCCCCUCACUAGCGGUGCUGCCUUCUCUUCACCCGUCAACAGAUCGCCUUCGACUCCGAACAGCGUGACAACAGCAGAGCUCUUUGGCGGUGCCCCGCUGCAAACCACUCUCAGCCCGAUCGGAACAUCCUCCGACGUGGAUCCCGACUUUGGCUCCUCUUACGAAGGUCCCGCCGCACAUUACCUCACAUCGGAACGUCCCGACAAUAAUCCCUCCACCAGCGCUGCUUCCGACUUGCCCACACUCGCACCCUUCCCUACCGCUACCUCUGCACUUUCCAAUCCCGGUGAAAAGAUCAAGAUGAAUUCUACGGAUUUCCAGUCUCCCAACGCUCACGAGGGUGCAUGGCUCGGUGGCGCUGCCGAUCUUGUCGCUACCAAUCCUCAACGUCUCAGCCCGCAUGUGCACGGAUCCACCCCUUUCGGCACUUCGCCCGGCAACCACUCAGAUAUGUCAAACGAAGCGCAAUUCCACCACAAUGAUGCGCUCUCGGACAUAUCUGCAACAGGCUACGAGAAUCCCUCCGCGAGUUAUCUGUAUUCGGACGCUAUAGACAUGUCGGAACUGGAUCAUACGGACAAUCGAGCCACCAACAGGUCGCUCCAGUAUGAAGGCUCUUCAGCGCUCGCGACACCAACUUUGGCCGAUCAAGCAGCUUACGACGCUGGUCGAGGCUACAUCGGUGCACUCCCUGCCUCUUCGACCGAAGCCGGCUCCAAUGCUCGCUACAGCACUCAGAGCACAUCCACAGCCCCCAAUCUCGUCUCCUCUACUAGCUUUGGCGAGACCAGCCUACCUUCCGGAAACACAACGGGCACGUUCACACACGCACACUCCAACAGCGUAUCUUCAAAUCCGAAUGGGCCAACAAUGGAGGAUAUCGUACCAACCAGCUUCGACGAAGGCGUGCUGCGCUCACUCUGCGACAUUGACUGCGGUAUGCCUCUCCUCUUCGACCGCAUAAAGCAGAGCAUGGUCUCGGCUCGAGAAGCCUCCCUUUUCCUCAAGAAGCGUGCGGUGCUUGAGGAGGAGUAUGCCCGCGGUAUGGCAAAGCUUGCGCGUUCCACCUUCGAGACCUACUCGCUCAGCGAUGCCAAAGCAGGCACUUUCGUCAAGUCUUGGCACUCCAUCGUGAAAACGCACGAGGCCAUCGCCGACAACCGCCUGCGAUUCGCCAGCAAGUUGAGCGAGAUGAGCGACGAGCUCAGCAACCUGUCCAAGGAGGUGGAUAAGAGUCGAAAGCAGGCAAAGGACACGGGCAUGCGGCUCGAAAAGAACCUGCAGGACGCCGAAGCCGGGGUCGAGAAGGCUCGCGGCCGCUUCGACACUGCAGCAGAGGAUUUGGAGCGUUUGCUACUGCUCAAAUCGGGCGAAUCGACCAAAUCGGGCGAUCUCCAGUCGAGUGGCGGCGGUGUCAGUAGCGGCAAAAGGACUUUGGGCAAGGCGAUCGGUAAGGGCGGGCUGUUGUUCAAGAACAAGAACCCGCAGCAAAUCCUCAAGCAGGAGGAAGAGGUUCGUGCCCGUACGAGCACUGCUAGUGACGCCUUCCGUCGUGAAGUUCUCACUACGCAAGGCGUACGACAAGAAUACUUCAACCUGCAGCUGCCACGCAUCCUUCGCACGCUCAAAGAGAACGCGGAAGAGAUCGACAAUGGGACGCAGUACCAUUUGGCCCGCUACGCCUUCCUGUUCGAAAGCACGGUUCUCAACGAUGGAAUGUCGAUUUCACCGGUCGGCACAGAGAUUGCACCGGGUAGCGGUCUGAAGGGCGCCGUCGAGACUAUCGACAAUCGGGCCGAUUUCAAACAGUACAUGAGCAACUACCAAGUCGUCCACGGUCGAGAUUACAAAGGCCCACGACGUGAAGGACCCUACGAGGAAGGAUUCCUCAACGCACCUGGCGCGGCCAAACCGAACGCCGCCAUCCCCGCCACUCGCACCGCCGCCACUUCAGAACGUCCCAUCUUUGGCGUCGAUCUAGCCGAACAGAUGGCGCGCGACAACGUCGAAAUCCCGCCGAUCCUCGAGAAGUGUUCUCUCGCCAUCGAAGAACUCGGGAUCGAAAACAUGGGUAUCUAUCGACUCUCUGGAACCACCUCGAAGGUGCAAAAGCUCAAAGCCAAGUUCGAUAUGGAUUGGACCAGUGUCGAUCUGAUGAACGACGAAGCGAUCCAAGAUAUCAACAUCGUUGCCGGGUGUUUGAAGCUUUGGUUCCGAGAAUUGCCGGAACCGCUGUUGACGCACGAGCUGUACAGCGGAUUCAUCGAAGCGGCCAAGAUCGACAAUGAUCGAUUACGACAUAUUCGAUUGCACGAAAAGGUGAACGAGCUGCCGGAUGCGAACUAUGCGACGUUGAAGUUUUUGAUGGGUCAUUUGGACAAGGUCAGAUCGGCAGAGAGGUUGAAUCAGAUGUCGGCGAGCAAUUUGGCGAUCGUGUUUGGUCCAACGCUCUUGUCGCCGCCGAUGGGUACGGCUGGGAAUGGUGACGCCAGUGGAGCGGCUGGGGGAAUCCAGAUCCACGACAUGAGCUUCCAGUGUAGAGCGGUAGAGACCAUCUUGGAAAAGUACCGGGAGAUCUUUGUCGACGAAGGCGAGGAAUAG